AUGGCUACAUCAGUUAUUGCUACUCCAGAACUCAAACGAUUUGUGGUCGAUGAAGGCCAUGGGGUAAAGGGUGUAUCGGACCUCAAGCUCAAAACUUUACCUGAAUUGUUCAUUCAACCUGUUGAGAGACGACUUGAUGUGACCAAAGUGUUGCAAGAUGAGUUGAUCCCAGUCAUCGACUUGUCAAAUUAUGAAGAUCCAGAAGUAAUGAAAUCAAUAUGCUAUGCUGCUGAGAAGUGGGGAUUCUUUCAAAUUGUUAACCACGGCAUACCUCUAAACAUAAUCGAUGGUGUCAAAGAUGCAACACAUAAGUUUUUCGAGUUGUCAACUGAUGAGAAAAAGAAAUACUCGUCCCAAAAUAGUCCUUCAAAAAACGUUACAAUUCUUACGAGUUUCAAUCCCGAAGUGGACAAAGCGUAUGAAUGGAAAGAUCACCUAAGUUGCUUCUAUGUUUCUGAUGAAGAAGCCUUGGAAUUUUGGCCUUCAGUUUGCAAGUAUCAACUUCUUGAAUACUUGAAGACAAGUGAUUCACUUAUCAAAAGGCUAUUAGAACUGUUAAUCAAGGGAUUGGGCAUACCAAAAAUUAACGAAAAAAACAAACCAAUUCUUAUGGGUGCAAAAUCAAUAAACCUAAACUAUUAUCCUAUAUGUCCGAACCCUGAGCUCUCAAUUGGCGCUAGUAGUCAUUCGGAUGUUUCAACAUUAACAGUGCUUCUUCAAGAUCACAACGGGGGACUUUAUGUUCGAAAACUUGAUAGUGACAACUGGAUUCAUGUUCCUCCUGUGAAGGAAGCGUUGACAAUAAACAUUGGUGAUGCUCUUCAAAUCAUGAGCAAUGGUCGAUAUAAGAGUGUAGAACAUAAAGUAGUUGCUAAUGGGUAUGAAAACCGGAUUUCAGUUCCGAUUUUUGUGAACCCGAGGCCUACUGAUGUUAUUGGACCAUUUUCAGAACUCAUUAACAAUGGGGAAAAGGCUUUGUAUAAGCAAGUUCUAUACUCGGAUUAUAUGAAGCAUUUUUUCAAGAAGUCGACUAAUGGGAAGGAAACUGUUGAUUUUGCUAAGAUUUGAUUUUGUUUCUCGAAAAAAAUUAUGUACAUGUAGUUAAAGUUCUUUGAAAGUAUCACAAGGAACUUGAAACCACAUGGAACAAGAAAUA